UAAACGAAGAGUCCUGAUUAUUAUAACCCCGGGUAUCCUCUCGGUCUUAUGAUAUGUCCGCGUGUAGUUGAGCGCUCAUGUGUUGAUCGAAGUUGACCUCCUGUUCUCCUCAGGUAGUUCGAAAGAACGUUGCGAGAUAAAGUAUAAAAGCACCCUCACUUAUUUUCACGAUGCUCGUCACCUUUGCCACUAUUGUUGUGGCAUAUCCCACACCAGAAAUGGGGGCGGAUUGUACUUCUUUGGCUCAGCACGGCCUUCCCUGUAACAUCGUUGUUUUUGACACUAGGGACCCUGGUUCUCCUGGUUCACCUGGUUCGCUUGACUCUCCUGACUCUCCUGAUUCACCCGACUGCCCUGACUUCCCUGACUCGCCCGACUCUCCCGAUUCUCCCGACUCGCCCGACUCGCCUUCUAGGCGUGAGGAUGCUGAACCUAACUAUGUCCACCAGAGAGGUAAGUCAUUAUAUGCCUGGUGGAUUAAUCGAUCACCCAUGUGUAACACUUAUCGCAACAGAGGCUUCUGGCUACCAGUCCAACACCAAGAGGUGUGACGACUAACAUGUAUCUAAGAGAGGUAUUGGUAUUGCUGCUCUUUGUUUCUACUAUCAUU